AGCAGCCCUCGGUACCUGCAGAGGGUUUAAGGAGCCGAUGCCUCCGGCGAAAACUACACAAAUCCCUCUCUCAAGAUACGCAGACACAAGUGGACUGAUUGACUUUAUUGCAUGCGAUGGAGAGCACGAGGCGGAUUCGAGUAGUGUUCACAGAUGGUGAUGUUUUGAGCGAAGCCCAGAAAUCAGAGGGAUUGAAUCGAAGCUGGGUUUUACUGAAAAUCAAUGAGCAAAAGACCAUUUCUGACGUUGUUUCUCAUCUUCUAAGAACUUUUCAGCUUCAACAUUCGUGCCCCCAUGGGCUCCUCCUCUCUAUUGAUGGCUUUGUUUUGCCACCAUUUGAAUCAACCUGCAUCCUAAAGGAUAAAGAUAUAAUCAGAGUGAAGAAGAGAGGAAACACUUUGGUUGUGAAGGGAACCAAUACUUCUUCUUUAGUUGAGAAAUCGAAAGCUCUGGAGAAGCAACCUGUAAAUAGUGGUGUCUUGCUUUUAGCCAAUGAGGAGUUUGAGAAAGAAAAAGGAGGUUACGAGAGCGAUGAACCUGAAGAGGAGGAUGGAGAGCCAGUUAAAGAUUUGGAAGGCACAUCAGGUGUAAAAGAUGUUUCCAAGAAAAGAAAAAGGAAAGCGGUAGAGGAAUGUCAGGACUCAAAGUACAGGAAGAAGAAGAAGAAGAAACAACAAUCUGAGGCUCCUGAUAAUGUUGCAUGUGACGUUCAUACAGAAAAGAUUAGAUCUCAUCAAAAUGUUGUCAGAACGGAAAAGAAGAGCCUUUCCAUAAAGGAAAAUACAGAUUUUAAGGAUACAGAAAAUGUUGAAAAUAAUGAAAACAUGAUAAGGAGUCAGAUGCAUCUGGAGAAUGGACAAGAGAUUGAGGGAGCGGACCUUGCACCAGAGAAACCUAAAAAGAUUACAAGAAGUACUAAACGAACCUAUGCUCGGAGGAAAUGGAAAAAGGAAAUGAAAAAAAUUCAGAAGGAAAAUGAAGCUUGUGAAUUGGAGGGGCUUCAAAAUAGGAAAAAAGGCCGAGGUAAAGCUAAAAGAAAUGAGGUGGAUUGUCAAUCAAAGGGACAGCGAAGUUGGAGAAAGGACCGAGCUGAAACUGAAAGAAAUGAGGUGGAUGACCAACCAAAGGGGCUGCUACAUUGGAAGCAAUUGUCUGGAAGUAACACAUCUAAAACAUACGAAAAUUGUCAACACCAAACUCAAACAAUUGAUUUACACGAACAUCCACAUCAAAAUGGAAAAGUACAUGAAGAGCCAAUUCAAAAUGGUGAAGUGCACGAACAGCCAAAUCAAAAGAGCAAUACAUCUGAAUGGUCAACUAAGCUUGGUGAGGAGGCUGAAGUUGUUCCCAUUGUAGUAAGGCCAGGACACAUUCGCUUUGAACCUUUGGAGAAAGUUCAACAUUUGAAAUAUUUUUGGGUUGAUGCAGAGCAUGCUGUGGAACAAAAUCAAUUACCAAUGGAUCAGUGGAAUGGAAUUACCAGCAAGAAAAAGGGCCAGAAAUGGGGAAGGGAGAAACAUACAUUCACCCCAAGAAAUGAUAACAAAGAUUCUUUGUAUGAAAUAUUGAGUAAUGCAAAAGAUAAACUAUCAGAUGAAGGAAUUGACUUUGAUAAGCUUCCACCCCUUGUUGAUGUGCCUAAGGAAGGAGACUUAAUUGCAUAUCGUAUUCUGGAGUUAUCUUCGUCCUGGACCCCCGAGCUUUCAUCAUAUCGGGUUGGAAAAGUAUCCUGGGUCGAUACUGAAUCCCGUCAAACUAUGCUGAUGCCAGUCCCAGAAUAUCCUGUUGUUUCCAAGAAGUUAGAUGAGGACGAAUCUGCCACUCAACCCGAUAACUCCCUAUACAAUGAAGACGGAUCACUGGAGAUUGAUUUAUCAUCUCUUGUUGACAUCCGCAUCGUCAAAGGAGGCAACACAGGUCCGAGGAAUACAUCCCCUAGUUGUGAGAAUGGUCCUUUAGGCAAUGAAAAUUCUGCAAAACCUGAGUUGCCUAGCAGUAAUGAUAAACAAUUACGUGCUGCAGUCCCAGAUCAUGCAGAGUUACACGGUGGUAAACAAACACUUCCUCCCACUAUAGACAACGGAGUAAAUGCAUGGGACGAAAUAAGCGCGACCCUGGAUGCCAAGAAGGCGCAACUAUUGCAGGAAAAUAGUUGCAGUAAAGAGAGUUCAGGCAAGAAAUCAUGGUCAUAUAAAGCUUUGAGAGGCAGUGCACUCGGUCCUACAAUGGCUAUUUUAAGAUCAGAAAAGGGAAUUUGAGUAAGAGAGAAGUUUUAAGCUUUUUCACAUGCUUAACUUCCGGGUUCAAUUUUUAUGUAGUUUUUGUAGAUCUUCUGGCAUAUGUAAAGAAUGUUAUGGGCUAAACAUCUCCAGACUUGAAAUUUCGAUCUAUCGAACAAUUUUCCUUUCCCAGGAAGGAUAUGGGCUAAACAUGUUAAUUGUGCUUAAUGUUAAGUAGCUGCUGUUAUUU